UAGAGAAGAACGCUUGUCACCUACUCUUUAGUUUCCACUCUCUCUAUACUUCUUCUUAAGUUGCUCUCUUUCUCAUAGAGAGAGAAGGGAAGAGAAUCGAAGCUUUGCUCUAUUCCUCUUUAAUGGAGAAACACAGUUGUAAGCUCUGCUUCAAGAGUUUCGCUAGUGGUAGAGCUUUGGGUGGUCAUAUGAGGUCUCACAUGGCCAAUCUGUCGACACCCCCAAAGACCCAACAAGUCCAUCCCCAUCAUCACCAUCACCAUCAUCAUCUACUCGGAGAUGAGACUGAAUCUGCCUCGUCUGCAUCGCCUUCUUCGUCAUCUUCUUCUGAUGAGGAAGAAGAAGAAGAAGAAGAGAAAGCUUUGUCUUAUGGACUGAGAGAGAAUCCAAAGAAGAGCUUCCGGUUAGUAGAUCCUGAGUUUUCUUUUGCCGUCGAUGCUGGGUCGGUUGUGCAGGACAGAGAAAGCGAGACAGAGUCAUCUAAGAACCCAUCAAGGAGACGAUCUAAGCGGGAUCGUAAAUCCAGUAUCAUCGGAGAGCAGAGAAAUCUACAGCCACAGACACCAGAGCUUAAGAAGCCCAAGUCGAGCAAACCCAGUAAGACCGAGUCACCGUCGGAGCCGGAACCGGUAAGCUCUGUAUCUGAUACUACUCCAGAGGAAAAUGUUGCCCGGUGUCUUAUGAUGCUCUCUAGAGAUAUUUGGAUGAGAAAAGAGGAAGAAGUGGAAGAAGAAAAAGAAGAAGAUGAAGAAGCAGAAGCAGAGAAAUCAAUGGAGGAAUCAGAUGAUUCAGAAGAGCUCAAAUUCCCAACUCGAACUCGGGGAAAGUACCAGUGCGGGACAUGCAAGAAGGUGUUCAAGUCGUACCAAGCUUUAGGUGGGCACAGAGCAAGUCACAAGAAGAUUAAGGGCGGAACCCCAUUUUCUUCCUGUGCUGCUCGGACCCAUGAAGCUGAGUCCGAACUGGGUAAUGCAGGUGCUUCUAAUGUCGAUCGGAGAAUCCAUGAAUGCCCAGUUUGUUUCAGAGUCUUUGGUUCUGGACAAGCACUUGGUGGGCACAAGAGAUCCCACCUCUCUGGUUCGGUUACAGCUAUAAAUACUGUUAAAUUUGGUGACAAUUUGAUAGAUCUUAACCUUCCAGCUCCGAUUGACGACGACGAUAUGAGCCAAGUUGAGCUCUCCGCAGUCUCGGAUGCAGAAUUCAUUGAUCCUACCAAAUGACGGAUGAUGAAGAUUGAACUUUCUGCCAUUGGAUGGGAUUGAAGUGGAAACUCCAAGCUCUCAACUCGAUUAGGAGGUAAACAAACACACCAAACCUAGUUGCUUAUCAAAUCCGAUCUGUGAUUAACUUUCAGGUUGGUUGGGCAAUUGGGGCAAAAUUAGUCUCUGCAUCUACAGAUUCUUCUUCUUCUCAAAAUUCAUGCUUUCCCCUCCUUAAUCAAACAAUGUUGUUUUUCAAUUUUCUUCUUUUCUGACUGUAAUUCAUUCCUCAAUUUAUUUUAAGUUCUGUUACUUACUA